AUGGCCCAAUUUCUCGACGGACUUAACGAGCGUAUUGCCCCAAAGGUCGAGCGCCAUCCGUACCGCAAUCUCCAUGAGCUUCUGCACCUAGCCGUGCAAAUCGAAAAGCAAAACCAAAGGAAACAAACCAGGCUGAGUAAGCUCAAAACUCCUCCUACUCUUUCCUCGCCAAUACCUAAACCCUCGGUCAUGCCCCGAAAGGAACUCCCCGAGAACCGUGGUAACCGUGAUUAUCGGGAAAAAGGAAAAUCCCCUGAAACAUCGCAAACUAAGCCCACCCAUGAUUCUCCUCGUGGCGCUAGAACUAGAGAGAUUAUGUGUUAUAAGUGUCGAGGUAGAGGACAUAUGGCUCGUGAUUGUCCAAACUCCCGAGUAGUGAUUAUCACCGAUAAGGGAGAGUACGAGUCUUUAGACGAGGAGGAGGCGGGUGAUCUCGAGGAAGAGAUUGAGUAUCCCGAUAGCGGAGAGCUCUUGGUUACCCGACGAGUUCUUAGCGCUAUGACCAACCCGGACGAGACCUCACAGCGAGAAACGAUAUUUCAUACUCGGUGCACCGUCCAAGGGAAAGUUUGCGGGUUGAUAAUCGAUAGCGGGUCGUGCACCAACGUGGCUAGUGCCUACGUGGUGAAAAAGUUAAGACUUGAGUCCGAAAAGCACCCGCACCCCUAUAAGCUACAAUGGUUGAAUAACCAAGGGGAAAUAAGAGUGAGCGAGAGAGUGAAAAUUCCCUUUAGCAUUGGACGUUACCACGAUGAGGUCGUGUGUGAUGUCGUUCCCAUGCAAGCGGAACACAUGAUGUUGGGUCGGCCUUGGCAAUUCGACCGAGAAGUCAUGCAUGAUGGACGAGCCAAUCAAUACUCUCUUAUACACAACAAAAAGAAGGUUGUGUUAGCCCUCUCACUCCAUCUCAAGUCCACGAGAUACAGUUGCAACUUGCGAAAGAAACCGAGCCCAAGAAAGAUCACUCUCCGGACUGAUUUCUCUCACGAGAGUCCAGCCAUAUCACGGCUUCUUGAUCAGUUCCGAGAUGUGUUUCCCGAGGAUAUCCCGGCUGGCCUUCCUCCGAUUCACGGUAUUGAGCACCAAAUCGAUCUAGUGCCUGGUGCAUCACUACCAAACCGCCCCGCCUAUCGUAUGAACCCCGAGAAAACGAAAGAGCUCGAGAAGCAGAUUCGAGAGCUUCUGGGCAAAGGGUAUAUUAGGGAGAGUCUGAGUCCCUGCGCGGUUCCGGUGCUUCUAGUACCGAAGAAAAAUGGGACUUGGCGGAUGUGCGUCGAUUAUCGUGCGAUAAACAACAUCACUGUCAAAUAUCGCCAUCCAAUUCUCCGCCUUGAUGAUAUGCUUGAUGAGCUUAGCGGAGCCACGAUUUUCUCCAAGAUCGAUUUAAAAAGUGGUUAUCAUCAAGUUCUAAUGAAAGAAGGCGAUGAAUGGAAAACCGCUUUCAAAACCAAACAAGGACUCUAUGAGUGGCUUGUGAUGCCUUUCGGGCUCACUAAAGCCCCGAGUACCUUCAUGAGGUUUAUGAAUCACAUCUUGAGAGCCUUCAUCGGCAAGUUUGUGGUCGUGUACUUUGACGAUAUUCUCGUCUAUAGUCGCACCGAGGAAGACCUCGCGAUUCAUCUUGAGCAAGUCUUGACCGCACUUAGGAAGGAAAGCCUAUACGCUAAUUUAAAGAAAUGCUCGUUCUACACUAACGAGAUCGUCUUUCUAGGCUUUGUGGUCAGCUCGAGUGGGCUGCGAGUCGAUGAGGAGAAGAUCAAAGCCAUCACGGAAUGGCCGACCCCUACCACUAUUGGACAAGAUUUUAGUAGCAUAGCCGCUUCCCUUACCGCGGAAAUUAAAAAGGACGUACCAUUUGAAUGGGGAAACGCACAAGAGCAAGCCUUUGCUGCCCUCAAAGACAGCCUUACACAUGCUCCCGUCUUAGUUCUUCCGAACUUUGACAAAACUUUCGAGGUCGAGUGCGAUGCAUCCGGGAUUGGCAUAGGAGCUGUCCUAAGCAAGAAAAGAAGCCCAGACUUGGGAGCAUUACUUGUUGCCAAGGAAUUCGUAGUGCAUUCGAAUCAUGAAACACUAAAGCAUCUUAAGGGCCAAACCACUCUCAAGCGUCGGCACGCUAAGUGGUUAGAAUUCAUCGAGACAUUCCCGUACAUCAUCAAGUACAAGAAAGGAAAAGAGAAUGUCGUGGCCGAUGCAUUGUCUCACCGACACACUUUGAUCUCGGUUAUGGAGGCGAGAUUGUUCGGCUUUGAGCAUGUCAAAGCACAGUAUAAGGGCGACCGUGACUUCGGUACCAUCGUGGAGGAAUGUCGAAAAGGAGACCACGGGCCAUAUUACUUGCAUGAUGGAUACCUAUUCCGUGAUAGACGAUUGUGUGUCCCUCAAGGAUCAUUACGAGAUGUCAUACUCCGAGAAGCUCAUGGAGAAGCUCUAGCUGGUUACUUCGGGGUAGAUAAGACUUUGGCUGUAGUACAAGAGCAUUUCUUUUGGCCACAUCUCAAGAGGGACGUCCGGAGCUUCAAUCCGAUUACACCUCUUGAUCUAAUUGUCGUGCCCGUCCAUGAGAUUCUUAAUCUCGACGGAGUAAAAAAGACCGAGUUCGUUAAGCAACUACAACAGAAGGUCAGAGACAAUAUCGCAAAACGAACCGAAUCUUACGCACGACACGCCAACAAGGGCCGCAAGACAGUAACAUUUAAGGAAGGUACAAACAUUUCGAGGACGAAAUCUUCUCAAGAGGGAGGAAAUGAUGAGGACAUCACCAAGGAUGCGAAGCUUGGAUCAGACCCGGACACGGAGCUUGGAGACGCGGAGCUAGGAGAUGCGGAGCUCAGAAAGGAGCUGGGAACGGAGCAUUGCAAGCAAGCACGGGAGACAAGUACCUUGGCAUCGUCCAUACCAAUCCCGCGUCGGAUGGAGCCGCCUCUCACGCGAUCAAAGACUCGAGCAAUGCGUCAACAAUUCCACGCAUUUGUGUCUCAAGUCUUGAGCGAGCCGAAGACCGGAAUUGAGCAUGCAUUCAUGGACGAGAUCCCGAGAGUUCGAACCAUCCUUAUGUGUCAAGAGGGAUAA